UUCAUAGAUAUUCUUAAAAAAGAAAACAAUGUAAAUAAUAAAACAAGCUAGCAAUUAAGGUGCUUAAGGCAUUUACUGCAGACCAUAAAAGAUACAAAAUGUUUGGUGUUCAAAUCUACAACUUGAAUUGUAUUUUUAACUGCACUUAUAAGUUAAAAAAUGUGGCACAAGAAAAAAAAUAAAAUGAUAAACUCAACACUCAUAAACGAAUCAAAAAAUUCCUAAAGCAAUGUGUUUAACUAAAAAAAAUUAUUAAUAAAGAAGAAAAAACAACAAAUCGAAGCAAUUAGUAAACUUACAACAAAACUCACAACACAUAUUUGUUGCUGCUGCCUACAACUGGCAACAAAAUCGCCAGGAACUGCAACACUUGCUCAGCGAUCGUCGCUUGAACGUUCCCUGCGCUCAAAGCACUUGUGUGUCAGAAGUUGUGCUGGCCGAUCUUCGCAUACCUAUUUUUUUUUUUGACUUUUGGCUGGCUGUUAAAGCCAACUGGAGUUGUAAAUUGUGCAAGUUGGCAAAAGCACAACCAACAACAACAGCAAAAGUGCAACAACAACAACGUAUUUUUAUUUCAAUCUCCAACGGUUGCAGCAUAUGUAGCAUAUUGCACAAUCCCUUAACAGCAAGCAAGUGUGUUGCAGUGUAUCUCACAACAGCUCGAAAACGAUCUUGCAAUUAUGUCUGUGGUGUGUCUGUGUUAUAUCCCUACAAUGCUUCACAAUACAAAUAUUCAAGUAUAAUUCAAAUUGAAGAAAGGAAAUUACCAUAAAAUAUAAAAUUAAAUAGUAUAUUUAGCCAGAUAUUAAUAACUAUUAAGUUAUUAAAUCUAGCAGUAAUUAAAUUGCUAAAUACAAAUACAAAAAAAAAAAAAACAAAAGAAAUAUAUAUAUUUUUUUCGUGACCCAGUUUUAAUAAAAAUCGCCAAAAUUGCUGUGCUACUUUGUUCCAGGAUUAUGGGGUACAUCAUGCGGCGCUUUCUGCGGUCGGCCAUGAUCGUCUUCAGUUGGUUUGUUGUACCCUACAGCCGUUUCACCAACAUCAAAGUGAACCGUAAAAAGCUGCCGCCAAUACGUAGUCAUCUGCUGGAAAUACCCGCUGUGGAUUUGGCUAAACUGAUUCGCAACAGAAAGAUUAAGAGCGAAGAGGUCGUUGAAGCCUAUAUCGAGCGGUGUAAGCAGGUGAAUCCACUCAUCAAUGCAAUCGUACAAGAUCGCUUUGAAGAAGCAUUGAAGGAGGCACGUGAAGUGGAUCGCGUAAUUGAACUUGGCAUAAAUAGUGUGGAAGAAAUGGAAGAACAUACACCGCUUCUUGGCAUACCAGUGACAGUGAAAGAGAGUAUCGCUGUAAACGGUAUGACAAAUCAAGCGGGACGUGUGUUCAAAACACCACAAAUCGCCAAAUCAGAUGCGCCUGUCGUAGAAUUAAUAAAACGUGCCGGAGGCAUAAUAUUGCUUGUCUCCAAUACCCCUGAAUUAUGUUUACUAUGGGAAACUUAUAACAAUGUCACUGGUCAAACAAAAAAUCCAUAUGAUCUGAAACGUACUCCAGGUGGUUCAUCGGGUGGUGAAGCAGCAUUAUUAGCAAGUGGUGCUUCAUUAUUAGGAUUAACUUCUGACAUUGGUGGUUCAUCACGUUUACCUGCUAUGUUUAGCGGUAUUUGGGGACAUAAACCCACACCAUAUGCGGUAUCAUUUAAAGGUCAUCAUCCAACUAGUGAUUUUCCAAAAUGGGGAGAUUUCUUUACAAUUGCUCCAAUGACACGUUACGCUAAAGAUUUACCACUACUCUUAAAAUGUAUGAACGAUCCAUUAGGUCCGAAAUUAACGCUUGAUAAAGAAAUUAGUGUACAAAGCAUACGUUUCUAUUUCAUGGAUAAUGAUGGUCCUUCAGGUAUGAUGCGACCGCUUAGCCGUGAUUUGCAUGCAGCCAUUAAUCGUGUUGCUACGGAUUUUAAUGCAAAACGCGUUAACAUAAGGAAAAUGAAAUUCUCACUUGAUAUUUCACUUUCAGCUAUGUUGACUAUGAAAAAUAUUGAAACCAUAUAUAAUAAAACUGAAGAAGGUGAACGACCCAAAACUGUAUGCACCGAAACUGUUAAAUAUUUCUUUGGUUGUUCGGAUAGCAUACUGCCAUCUGUGAUAUUCGGCCAUUUACAGAAUUUCAUGAAAAUCAUACCGAAUUCACGACACAAACAUCUGGCCACUAUCAUUGAUGCACUAAAGACUGAAUUCAAAGAGCUACUUGGCACAGAUGGUGUGUUCUUGUAUCCAACAUUUCCGAAUACAGCACAUCAGCACUAUCAAAUCUAUCAUAAAUUAUUAGAGCCAAUGUAUAUGGCAAUAUUCAACACGCUUGGUUUGCCAGUGACUAAUUGUAUGAUCGGUUUGGAUAGACGCAACUUGCCGAUGGGCAUACAGGUUGUUGCCAAUCCGGGACAGGAUCAUUUAUGUCUGGCUGUAGCACGAGAAAUGGAGCGACGUUAUGGUGGUUGGGUCCGGCCGCCAUCCGAAGACGCUGUUAAACGCACAUAGUAAAGUAUAUUUUAGGAUUUUAUUUUUAAUGUACGAGUCUUUAUGAGUUAAUUGUAAACAAAUUAAUUUUAUUAAUCAUAUUAUUUUUUAAUUUUGGUGUUAUUAUAAGCCUUUUCUAUAUAUAUAUAUAUUUUCUUAGUAUUAAAAUGAAGCUAAAUCUAAGUAAAAAUUGUAGUAUUU